AUGGCGCUUGAGAACGGUUGUCAGAAGGGCAAUGAACGGAGCAUUUCGCAUCUCUACUAUGAAGCAUAUGUCUGUGUGGACAAAGGGAUUCAUUUCGACCAGAUGGGCAACUCGGACGCGGCCAUUGCCAUGUACCGGUGCGGUUUGGAGAUAAUCGACACUGCCGGUACCUUACCAGACGUUGCUACCAACGAACUCUAUGUAAAGAUGCUCAAAGCUCGAUCGGCGAUAGAGGAACGUCUCAAAUUUCUGGAGCACAGUGGAGGCGACCAGGCUACCAGUCCUCCGUCUGAUAUCGGUGCUGUUUUCGAUGGUUCCCCACCUUCUGGUAUUGAGCCGCCAUGCGAUUCGAUGCCGCGGGACGAGAACGCGCAAUUGCUGUUCGAAAUCCCUGAUGGAGUACAAAUCUUCUUUAUUACUGAUACCGAGACGUCUGUUCCUUCUUAUCCCUCUGGUCUGAAGAUAUUCAGGUACAACGGUCUUUGCCUUUACGUGAACCCGACUCCUAUUAUGAUAAGCCCACAAAUUGAAUUGCAUGCUACUGGCUUUAUGCAGAUCGACACUUGGGUAUAUCCGUUUAUUGUUGGUCAUUCUCCGGUUCUUGAAACAACCUAUGGAGCGUACAUCUUCCCUUACUGUAACAAUGAAGUGUCAGAAGUGAAAGUUGGCGUACUUCUCCCUGGCGAUCUGAAUAAAGACGUGCUCGCAACAUUUGAAGAUAUUUUGCAAGGCUUUACAUGCUUACGUCAUCAGACAGUUCGUCCAACUCUGACUAAAGAGGAGGAAGAACGGUUCAGCUCUAAACUGGCGAAGAUGCUGGUAAAAGGUCGUGUGAUAGUAAAUGCGAUCUGUUCUGUUUUUAGCAGUAUGGCUUUCAGGGGGCAGCACAGUGGCCAGCGGCAUCCGGAGUUGCGCGGAAGUCACGUCGGGAAUGAUUGCCAAAGAUAUGGCAAGUCAGUGGCCGAUGUCACUGAUGACUGCCUCUGUGUCGCGGGCAACGCUGCCUAUACCGCGUGGAACGUAGACCAACUGGGAGUAAAAGCGAUCGCGAAGCGCACUACAGCGGCCGCCGGUAUGACCGCCAUCAAGCAGAUCGAGAAACAACCUAAAACGUAG